UCCCACUCUGGCUAACGGCCUAACGUCACUCACUCCCACAAAACGACAACUCACCCAAUUCAGCUCAUGUGUUCUCAAUCCCACCACGCUUACCACUUUCUCACGCACUUUCUUCUCCACUAUCUUUCCUUCCACCGGAAUUCAAUCCAGAGUCGACAAACAAAAGUGGGGUUGUGAAUUCUGAUCAUAUUUUUAAUUUGACCGCCGUCCGUUCGACGAAAUGUCUCAGUGGGGUUGUGUUUCCGCGGCCAACUUGGGCUGGCAAAAAACAAGCGCCGCCGUGGAUGGUCGGAACGGAGGGAACAUGCCCAGAUGCUGUUUCUAUCUGGGUUCGCAGAAGAUGGACUCUUUGGCUUUUGGGUAUGGAGAAUUUUUGGCUCGCGGGUCGAGAAUUUCGUCUUCUCGGGCUGUUGGUAGAAGACAGAAGAAGGGUGUUUCGUUUUCGCCAUUGAAGGUAGUUUGUGUGGAUUAUCCAAGGCCCGAGCUGGACAACACUGUUAACUUCUUAGAAGCUGCUUCCUUGUCUGCCUCUUUUCGUAGCUCUCCUCGUCCGGCUAAACCUUUGAAAGUCGUGAUUGCUGGUGCAGGUUUGGCCGGUUUAUGUACUGCAAAAUACUUGGCAGAUGCAGGUCAUAAACCUCUAUUACUGGAAGCCAGAGAUGUUUUAGGUGGAAAGGUGGCAGCAUGGAAAGACGAUGAUGGAGAUUGGUAUGAGACAGGGUUACAUAUAUUCUUUGGAGCUUACCCAAAUUUGCAGAACUUGUUUGGAGAGCUUGGAAUUGAUGAUCGGUUACAAUGGAAAGAGCAUUCUAUGAUAUUUGCAAUGCCUAACAAACCUGGAGAGUUCAGCCGAUUUGAUUUCCCUGAAGUGCUGCCAGCACCCUUAAAUGGAAUAUGGGCCAUCUUAAGGAACAAUGAGAUGCUGACAUGGCCAGAGAAAGUCAAGUUUGCAAUCGGACUGCUGCCAGCAAUACUUGGUGGCCAGCCUUAUGUUGAAGCACAAGAUGGUUUAACCGUUAAAGAAUGGAUGAUAAAACAGGGCAUACCUGAUCGCGUAACUGAUGAGGUGUUUAUUGCCAUGUCAAAGGCCCUAAACUUUAUCAACCCUGAUGAACUUUCAAUGCAGUGUAUAUUGAUUGCGUUAAACCGUUUUCUUCAGGAGAAGCAUGGUUCCAAGAUGGCCUUCUUGGAUGGGAAUCCACCAGAGAGACUCUGUAUGCCGAUAGUUGAGCAUAUCCAGUCAUUGGGUGGUGAAGUCGAGCUUAAUUCACGGAUACAAAAGAUUGACCUAAAUGAUGAUGGAACAGUAAAGAGAUUCUUACUAACUAAUGGAAGUGCGAUAGAAGGGGAUGUAUACGUUUUUGCGACUCCAGUUGAUAUCCUAAAGCUUUUAUUGCCCGACAACUGGAAAGAGAUUCCAUAUUUCAAGAAAUUGGAGAAAUUAGUUGGAGUUCCCGUUAUCAAUGUUCACAUAUGGUUUGACAGAAAAUUGAAGAACACAUAUGAUCACCUGCUUUUCAGCAGAAGUCCUCUCCUAAGUGUCUAUGCCGAUAUGUCAGUAACGUGUAAGGAAUAUUACAGUCCAAACCAGUCUAUGCUGGAGUUAGUUUUUGCACCAGCUGAAGAAUGGAUUUCAUGUAGUGACUCAGAAAUUAUUGAUGCUACAAUGAAGGAACUUGCUAAGCUCUUUCCUGAUGAAAUAGCGGCAGAUCAGAGUAAAGCAAAAAUUUUGAAAUACCAUGUUGUAAAAACACCAAGGUCUGUUUACAAAACUGUUCCAGAUUGUGAACCUUGUCGUCCGUUGCAAAGAUCUCCUAUAGAAGGCUUCUAUUUAGCAGGCGACUACACAAAACAGAAGUAUUUGGCUUCAAUGGAGGGUGCUGUUCUCUCAGGGAAGUUUUGUGCACAGUCAAUUGUACAGGAUUAUGAGUUGCUUGCUGCUCGUGGUCAAAGAAGUUUGGCGAAGGCUGGAAGUUGGUAACUAUAACCCUUGAUUCAGCUGGCGAAGUCUGCUGUUACAGUGGAGCAUUAUAUUAGUAUGGGUUACUGCUUGUGAAUGAGGUUUCUUCGCAAGGCAACAUAUGGAGGUACAAACUUGUUUUAGCACUUUGCUUGUGCAUAUCUUCAAGUAAGGAAGCAUACCGUUGGCCAUUCCUUGUUUCUGCCGAUAUAAUAGUCAUUUUUCUGAACUGUACAGUAAUCUUUUUGACACACCUCUUUUGUACUAAUUGUUUGAAUGCUUAAUGUGAGUAAACGCUUGCAUAGUUGGAAAUAUUGGUUAUUUGAUGUCAUGGGGCCCUUCAUUUUUAAGAUAUGAAGAGAAGAAAUCAGUGUUUUGUUGAACGUA